UGCCUGCCUGCGAGUAGCUGGUUGUGGAGGCGGGGGCCGCCGCGCCGAGGACUGGAAGAGGCCGGCCCACUGCGGGAUCGCGGCGGCUGCUCACGCUGACUGAACGAGCGGCCGCGCCCGGGGAGCGAUGCUGUGGUUCCAGGGCGCCAUCCCGGCCGCCAUCGCGUCGGCUAAGAGCAGCGGCGCGGUCUUCGUGGUGUUCGUGGCAGGUGAUGAUGAGCAGUCCACACAGAUGGCUGCAAGCUGGGAGGACGAGAAAGUGACAGAAGCAUCUUCAGACAAUUUUGUAGCUAUUAAAAUUGAUACCAAAAGUGAAGCCUGCCUACAAUUUUCACAAAUCUAUCCUGUAGUUUGUGUUCCUUCCAGUUUCUUUAUUGGAGACAAUGGAAUCCCUUUGGAAGUAAUAGCAGGAAGUAUUGCUGCAGAUGAACUUGUCACAAGAAUUCACAAAGUCCGACAGAUGCACUUAUCAAAGGGUGAAAUAUCAGGGACAAAUGGCAGCCAGUCAGAAAGUUCAUUGUCCACGCCAUCUGCCUCAUUUGAACCUAAUGACUCUUGUGAAAACGCUCAGUCCAGAAGAACAGAGCUUUGUGGGACUCCUUCUACUUCUGAUAGGAAGUCAGAUGCUGCAACAGGAGGAGAAAGUUCAGGCCAUGACUGUCCCUCUCAGGAGCCUAGUGGAUGUUCAAAUCAGAGAUCUGCAGAGGACCUUACUGUUCGAGUGGAAAGAUUAACAAGAAAACUGGAAGAGAGGAGAGAAGAGAAAAGGAAAGAGGAAGAACAGAGAGAGAUUAAGAAGGAAAUUGAGAGAAGAAAAACUGGAAAAGAAAUGUUGGAUUAUAAAAGAAAACAAGAAGAAGAAUUAACAAAAAGAAUGUUAGAAGAAAGAAAUAGAGAAAAGGCAGAAGAUAGAGCAGCCCGAGAGCGCAUAAAGCAACAGAUUGCAUUGGAUCGUGCUGAGAGAGCCGCUCGCUUUGCAAAGACAAAGGAAGAAGCAGAGGCAGCCAGAGCUGCUGCUGCUUUGCUGGCCAAACAGGCAGAAGCGGAAGUCAAGAGGGAAUCACGAGACAGAAGCACUGUGGCAAGAAUUCAGUUCCGUCUGCCUGAUGGUUCGUCCUUUACAAAUCAGUUUCCUUCUGAUGCUCCUCUGGAGGAAGCAAGGCAGUUUGCUGCACAGACUGUUGGCAACACUUAUGGAAAUUUUUCCUUAGCAACCAUGUUUCCCAGGAGGGAAUUUACCAAAGAGGAUUACAAAAAGAAGUUACUGGAUUUGGAACUUGCCCCAAGUGCUUCGGUGGUGCUUCUGCCAGCAGGACGACCCGCCACAUCCAUUGUACAGUCUUCCAGCGGAGACAUUUGGACAUUGCUGGGGACAGUACUAUAUCCAUUCCUUGCCAUCUGGAGGUUGAUCAGCAAUUUCUUAUUUAGUAAUCCUCCUGCACAAACGCCAGUGAGAGCAGCAUCUGCAGAACCUUCAGACCCUGCAGCAUCUCGCAAGUCAGAAAAAAGGGAACCAGUCCGGAAAAGAGUGCUGGAAAAACGAGGAGAAGAUUUUAAAAAAGAAGGGAAAAUCUAUAGGUUGAGGACUCAAGAUGAUGGUGAAGACGAGAACAACACUUGGAAUGGAAAUUCUACCCAGCAGAUGUGACACAGCAGGUCCGUGUGCGCAGGAAUCAUUGUUUCUCUUAUGAUCUAAUUCAACUAAAGUUCUACUGGAGAAAUUGGUCUGCUUUGUUUUCCAGCUAAUGUAUGAAAUGUCUCUUUAUCUCUGUUUAUUAGGUAUGGGUUAGCAUUGUUUAACACAGAAAAGUCAAGAUAUGCAGUUAUUGAAUAUGAGGUAAUUGUAAAGGGUCACCAGCUGCUGAGGACCGGGAGAACCAGGAGGUCUGCCACAGCCUCCCCAUCUGCUUCUUACUCAGUAUUUCGUAUGCCUUUAGUCCUGUGCUCCCAAAAAAAACAUGUUCUGUUUAGAAUACUUUUUGCUUCAAGACUCUUAAGCCUACACAAAGUAAUUGAUAUGGCACCAAGUAAUUUGACUCUUAAAGCAUUUUAACUAGCAGAUCAGUUGAUAACUUAUGUUUACCAUUUCUCUUUGCACUCAUCCACUGCAAAAAAAAAAAAAAACAAAAACCAACAAUCUUGUAGUUUUUAAUCUUAAACACUGAAUAAAAAAAUGUUUUUCAAAAAUCAGAAUGAUCUUACUUUUGCUAUACAGGGCUCUAUUAAGGUUACUGUCCUCUGAUUUUUCCCUCAGUCCUGCCCUGAAGGUGUCUCAGCGAAAUAGCUGGGUACCUUCAUUCCAUGUCUCUGAAGGAAGAAACUUGUGGCAUAUGUUGAUGCCACCUCACGUCUCCUAGUCAGUGAGGCACAUCCUCUGGACCUCGUUCUUCUCUGAUGCCAUAUGGAUGAGAACAUUUGUAGUCACCAGUCACACUUCUAGGGCUAGAGUGCCUGUGUUGUGGAGAAUAAAGAUAAAGAUACACAGUAA